CCUCCGAGGUGCGCACGCGCACUUGUGUUUAGCGGCAUUGCUUGGCUACGGUUAUCCUGGACUGCAAGAUUCGAAACCGCCGAGUUUUCCUGUUGGGAUGUUGUGGCGAGAUCGGGUUGGGUUAUCUUUAGUGCUGCUUUUGGGCUCAGUUGGCGACAAAAAGCCGAGGGUGAGGUGAAGCGUCUUUGAAACUUGUCGCCUUUGCGAUGAAGAAGAUUUUUGGCUUCGGGAGUAAGAAGGGCGAGUCGCCCUUGGGCUCCUCCAUCAGCCCGAGGAGGGACAGCGCGGGCGUCCGGCAAGAGAAUAGUAAAAGCGUUAACUCACAGCCCGGGUACCACAUCCGAGACAAAGAUCUCGGAAAGAUCCACAAAGCUGCCAGCGUGGGUAACGUAGCGAAGGUGCAGCAGAUUCUUUUGCUCGGGAAAAAUGGCUUGAAUGAUAGAGAUAAAACGAACAGGACUGCUCUACAUUUGGCCUGUGCCAAUGGCCAUCCAGAAGUGGUAACUCUCCUAGUAGAGAGAAAAUGCCAGCUUAACCUCUGUGACAGUGAAAACAGGACAGCUCUGAUUAAGGCUGUACAGUGCCAGGAAGAGGAAUGUGCAACUAUUCUGCUAGAACAUGGUGCCGACCCAAAUCUUACGGACGUCAGUGGCAACACUGCUCUCCACUAUGCUGCCUGUGGUCAGAAUAUAUCAAUAGCAGCAAAACUGCUUUCACACGGUGCAAAUAUUGAAGCAAGAAACAAGAAUGACCUCACCCCACUUUUACUUGCUGUAAGUGAAAACAAACAGCAAAUGGUGGAAUUUUUAGUAAAGAAAGAAGCAAAUAUACAUGCAGUUGAUAAGGCAAAAAGAACAGCUCUCAUGCUUGCUGUAAAUUAUGACUCAACAAAUAUAGUCAGGCUUCUUCUUCAACAAGGUAUUGAUGUCUUCUCUGAAGAUGUCUAUGGAUGGACUGCAGAAGAAUAUGCUCUUAUUAGUGGUUUUAAUAUCAAUCGCAAACUAAUUUCUGAGUAUAAAGAAGAAAAGAGACCUAAAAAUUCUUCUCAAAAUAACAACCUAGAUAUAGAAAUACAGGAAUCUCCAAGGCAGAUAUCAAGAAAAACAGACUCAGUGAAAGUGGAUGAGAGUUCUGACGAGGACUCCUUAAGCAGGCUUUCCAACAAACCUGGCAUUGAUGAUUCAUGGCCUACCUCAGAUGAUGACGACUUGGAUUUGGGUAUCAAGAAUGUCCCAAGGCCGAAUUUAACAAAGCUAAUCACUGCCUCUCAGCAAUCCAGGAAGACUAUGGAAGAAAAACCUAACAUUGUGAGACCAGAAAAGAGAACCUUGUUUGAGGACAGCAAUUCUGACAGUGAAGUUGCGGAUGUAGUGGAAACUCUCCCUAAGCCAUCAUUCAAAGUCCAGGGCUUUUCUCAUCCUGCCUUUCCAUCACCUGACCCUCCUUUAAAACCUUCCUUGAAUUUUUCAGCAAUCCCUGGUGUCACAAAGGAAGGAGCAACAAAGCCAGCAAUUGGAAAAAGAGAAAAUAGUAUUGAUAUUAUUGAAAGUGCUCCAAGAGACGAAACAAAUAAUGACAACCUGACUUACGUUGAUGGAGCACACAAAAAUAAUAGAAGCGAUAUGAUGUCAGCGUUAGGAUUAGGAGAAGAGGAAGGUGUGGAAUCACCUUGGGAUUCUGAGAGUGUCUCUGAGAGUCUUCCACAGAAGUAUGUUAGUCAUUUAUCUGGAGCUACAGAUGAAAAAGGAGAAAAUAUAUUAAAUGGACAAAUAGAAGAUGUGUUUUACAUACCUUCUUGCAUGAGUGAAUCAAGAAACGUUAAGAUGGCUAAACUAGAGGAUACAAGAAAUGUAGGCAUACCAGUAGCCCACAUGGAUUCUCCUGAGAAAUAUCCCCACUUGAAGCCCAUUCAGCCUACCACUGAAAUGAGAGAUUCUGCUCCUGAUAAAGCAGCAGGAACGAAGGAUGUGCAAACACCCAAAUCAGAUUUGUCAGCAGAAGUAGACUUAAAAAUGACAUCAGAGGAAGAGCAAGAAAGGCUUGAUGAAAGUGAGAAUAACCAGUUACAGGAUAGAGUUAUUUUAAAAACAUGCACCCCGGCAGAAAAGACAUCUGAAAAUCAAAUCAAGCAGAUUAAUCUUCCACUUCCACUUUUGCAUCUGCCAAAAAUGCCUCCAGAACCAGAAAUGAGUAAAGAGUGUGAUAGAGAGGACGUGCCUGUGUAUUCAGGACUUCCCUGUGUGCAAAAGUAUGAGGAAAUGUGGAUCAAACAAGGCAAAGUAGAGUUGAAAAAUAAUUUAAAACUCAUCACAAAUGAGUUAAAGCAGAAGUUUGGUGAAAUUUGUGCAAAAUACAAAAUUACUGCUUGUCCCGAGGAAGAGCCACCACACGACAACUCUAAAGAAGGAGCAAACUUAAAGGAAAUACCCUCUCAUCUGACAGAUAAUAUACUUGAUUAUGAGGAAAAAGAUGCGUUUGGAGUGUCUGUCUCUGUAGUAUUCCAAGCAUUUCCUGAACAAAGAGAACCUAGUCUUGAAAAUGCCUUUUCAUCUCAUUUACACUCUGGGUCCCAAGAGCAUGCUUGCCAGUCAUCUUCUAAGCUUUAUUUAAAUAAUAAUAAAUUAGACUUUGAAAAUGAUAAUAAACCAGACACUGAACAGGUUUUUAACAAAAACAAGGAGAGUCUCUGUAAUGAUGCAGAAAGUGAAGUAGUUACAGUUGAAGUGAAAGAAGACCAAGAGUUUGACAUGCAAAUGACAAAAAAUAUGAACCAAAAUGCUACUAAAUGGAAAUUAGACGUCAAACAUAUGCCUCAGCACAGUGACCCAGAAAGCCUUUUUGAUUUGUGGCUUACUCGCUCCAAUGAAAUGAAGCAUAUGAUUCAAAUAAAAAGCCACAAUCUUUCUGCUGUCACAAACACUCACGAGAAAACAAAACCAAUACAAGACUUGCUCCAGAAGCCAUUUUAUGGUAAUUGCAGUGCUAAUAAGUAUAAAAACAUGGAACCUGAAUUAGAAAAUGUGAGUUCUACUGCACCAUGUAGUGACAAAACAUCAAAAGUAUAUCUAAGUGAAGAAUUACAGCAAGAUAUGCAAAGGUUUAAGAAUGAUAUAGGCAUGUUACAAGUAGAAUUCCUGGCUCUGGAAAAAGAGAAAGUUCAACUUCAAAAAGAGGUUGAAGAAGAAAGGAAGAAGUUCAGAAGUAAUGAAUUGGAAGUCUCAGAAAACUUGGAUGAUACGGCUGCUGCUGCUAGUGGUGCCGAUGGAUUAAUUCGACAAGAGAAGAGUGGAGAGACUGGUCAUCAGCAAUUUUCUGUUAAGGAGAAUGAAGAUUCUGAUAGUAGUGGUCCUGCCUUGCUUAUGAAGGAGGUAAAGAAAUACGAAAGUAGAAACUGGAGCUCAAAAGAAUCUGUGACUGCACCAGCGUUGCAGAAGGCUGCUUUGCUAACUGGAGUUUUACACGUGAAUGAUGACAGCAGUUUGAGCGAAGUAGACCAGGAUGAAGGAAGGCCUACAAAGAAAACAUCUGAUGAAAAAAGCAAGAUUAAAAAGCAAAUUAAUUCUGCGGAUGACCUUGAUGACUUAUCUCAGUCAUCUGAAACAGCUUCAGAGGAUUGUGCGUUGCCUAACUCUAAUUAUAAGAAUUCUAUGUUGCUGAUUGAACAACUUGGAAUGGAUUGUAAAGAUUCUGUUAGUCUGUUGAAAAUCCAGGAUGCAAUUCUUUCAUACGAAAGAUUAGUAGAACUUAAAAAAAAACACUGUGAACUACUUACAGGAAAAAUUAAAAAAAUGGAAAAUAAGGUUAGUGGACUACAAAAGGAGCUAUCGGAAACAAAAGAAAUAAAAUCACAGUUAGAGCAUCAAAAAGUGGAAUGGGAACGAGAACUCUGCAGUUUGAGAUUUACCUUAAAACAAGAAGAAGAGAAGAGAAGAAACGCUGAUAUGUUGUAUGAAAAAAUCAGGGAUCAAUUAAGAAGAAAAGAAGAGCAAUAUAGUAAAGAAGUUGAAAUGAAACAGCAACUUGAACUCAGUCUUAGGACACUAGAUGUGGAAUUGAGGGCUGUAAGAAAUAAUUUGAAUCAGGUUAUAGAAGAACGAAAUGAUACACAGAGGCAACUUUCUCGAGAACAGAAUGCCAGAAUACUACAAGAUGGAAUUCUGACCAAUCACCUUUGCAAACAGAAGGAGAUAGAAAUGGCUCAAAAGAAAACGAUGCAGAAUUCUGAGGUUUCUAAUAGUCACGAAAAAGAAAAAGAUCUAUUGCAUAAAAACCACAUGUUGCAGGAUGAAAUUGCUAUGCUAACACUGGAAAUAGACACAUUAAAAAAUCAGAACCAAGAAAAAGAAAAGAAAUAUUCUGAUGACAUUGAAAUUGUAAAAGAAAAAAAUGAUGAUCUUCAAAAGACAUUAAAGCAAAAUGAGGAAACACUAACAAAAACAAUAUUUCAGUAUAGUGGACAGCUUAAUGUUCUGACAGCUGAGAACACAAUGUUAAAUUCUAAAUGGGAGAACGAAAAACAAAACAAGGAGAGACUGGAAACAGAAGUUGAAUCAUAUCGUUCUAGACUGGCUGCUGCUAUACAUGAUCAUGAUCAAAGCCAGACAUCAAAAAGAGACUUAGAACUUGCCUUCCAGAGAGCAAGAGACGAGUGGUUUCGUUUACAGGACAAAAUGAAUUUUGAUUUGUCUAACCUAAAAGAUAACAAUGAGACUCUUUCCCAACAACUUUCUAAAGCUGAAAGUAAAUUCAAUAGUCUAGAAAUUGAGCUCCAUCACACAAAAGAUGCUCUCAGAGAAAAGACUUUGGUUUUAGAACGUGUACAAAGAGACCUAAGCCAAACACGGUGUCAGUUGAAGGAAAUUGAACACAUGUAUCAAAACGAACAAGGUAAAGUGAACAAAUACAUCGGAAAACAGGAGUCGAUGGAGGAAAGAUUAUCCCAACUGCAAAGUGAAAAUAUGCUGCUUCGACAGCAGCUGGAUGAUGCCCACAACAAAGUGGACAAUAAAGAAAAGACGGUAAUUAAUAUCCAAGACCAAUUUCAUGAUAUUGUAAAGAAACUUCAAGUGGAAAGUGAAAAACAAAGUCUUAUGCUUGGAGAGAGAAAUAAGGAGCUAAUCAAUGAAUGUAACCAUUUAAAAGAGCAGAUGUAUCAGUAUGAAAAUGAGAAAGCAGAAAGAGAAACAGUUGUGAGACAACUUCAACAAGAACUGGCUGAUACCCUAAAAAAGCAAUCUAUGUCAGAGGCUUCGCUGGAGGUUACAUCACGUUAUCGCAUUAAUUUAGAAGAGGAGACACAGGAUUUAAAGAAGAAAUUAGGUCAAAUCAGAUGUCAGUUGGAAGAAGUACAGGAUCGACACGCAGAGGCAGUACGAUGUGCUGAGAAGACACAGGAGCACUUGGAAAAGAUUGAAAUUGAAAAUACCAAGUUAAAAGUUACAAUCAAAAAGCAAACGGGGAAAAUUGAACACCUUCAGAAAAACCUGUUAUGUACAAGUUCGUCUGAAGAUGAAAAGGGACAAUUAAAGAAACUUAUUGAGUUAAAACAAUCUCUGGAAUAUCGUUUGGACCAAGAAAUGAAGAAAAAUAGUGAAUUAGAAAAAGAGAUUACUGGAUUUAAGAAACUGUUAAAAAUGACACGAAAGAAGUUAAAUGAAUAUGAAAAUGGAGAGCUUAGUUUCCAUGGAGAUUUGAAAACUAAUCAAAUUGAAAUGGAUAUUCAGAUGGCUAUGCUAAAACAUAAGAUUGAUGAUCUUACAGCAAAACUAGAAACUUCGUCUUCAAAAUGUCUACAUCUGGAUGCAAAAAAUCAAGCUCUUCGACAGGAGUUAUUAGCUAUGAAAGCAGUACAAAAGAAAUGUGAAAAACUAGAGAAGAAUAAAAAGAAGUUGGAACAAGAAGUAGUAAACCUCAGAAGUCAUCUAGAAAUAAAUAUGAUAGACCAUGGUCAAAUAGAACAGUAUAAAUGGGAGAUUGAAGAAAGAGCAAGGCAGGACGUAGUAGAAAAACUAAAAGAAGUCAAUCUGUUUUUACAGACUCAAGCAGCUUCUCAAGAAAACUUAGAGCAGUUAAGAGAGAAUAAUAAUGCUUCAAUAAGAAGUCAAAUGGAACUCAGAAUUAAAGAUCUAGAAUCUGAAAUCUCUAAAAUGAAAACUUCCCAAGAAGACUCUAAUAAAACAGAAUUGGAAAAAUACAAGCAACUCUAUCUAGAAGAAUUAAAAGUUAGAAAAGCAUUAUCAAAUAAACUAAACAAGACUAAUGAGAGGCUAGCAGAGAUCAGUACCAAACUUCUUGUGGAGAAACAACAGAACAGAUCUUUACUUAGCACUCUUACGACCAGACCCGUCCUGGAGCCACCUUGUGUUGGAAAUGUUAACAGUAGUUUAGUGCUCAAUAGAAAUCUUAUUCCCAGAGAAAAUUUAGCGAUUCCUACCUCAAGCCCACGGCCUUCAAAUAACAGCAUGGAGACCUACUUGACUAAGAUGCAGCAGGAGUUGGAAAAAAAUAUAACUAGAGAACUAGAAGAAGCUGCUGCUGAAUUUGAAUCUGGAUCCUGUAGAGCUUCUCCUCUAGGAUCUACCGAUGAGUCAAAUCUAAAUCAAGAUCUAGUUUUGAAAACGUCACAAGAAUAUGUACAAAUUUUGAAGAAAAAUUAUAUGAUCUGAAAGAUAAAUAAUAAAAAUUUAUUUAUUGGGCUGUUUACAUAA